GGUUGCCGUCAUAUUUUCCUACUUUUUCAUAAUUGGAGCCCAGGACUAAUUUGUGGACACAAACAACUCAACAGCCAGCAGUGAGAGAAGGGUAUUUUUGGUCACUCGUCUCCUUUAAAAUGCAAUUUAGCAAACACUUAAAGCAACCCGAGCUGGCUCCAUUGUUUGGAUGCACCGGAAUAGGAAUGAUGAUGGCUGGUUUGUAUGUUUUAAGGUUGGCAACAAAAGGACCGGAAGUUACGUGGUCUCGUGUUAAAAAUCCCGAACCAUGGCAAGUGAUUGGACCAACCCAGCGUAUUAAGCUCUUCAGUCACACCGAUUAUUCCAAAUUUUCUCGGCCAGCCCCUCAAGAAGCAUACGACGCUGUUAAAAUGGCAUAAGUUAUACAAUAAAAGUACUUGUUAGUGUACAUAACAUUUUUUGAGAGAAAAAUAUUGUAAUAAUGUAA